AUGUAAAUGUAGCUAUCUUAACAGUAGUGAUUAUGACGUUUCUGGUAUCUUGGUUAGGUUUAAAUAGUAGGGUGAUAGGCAGAAAAGUUUUUAGGAAUCAACAAUUCUCUACUUUCAAUAAAGUGAAUAGCAGCGUUAACAAUUUCCCAAGGAUGUCUUAUUCAGUUGUAGAAAGGGGCCUUCCGUACUCCGCCGAUUACAGAGUUUACAUACAAGACCAAAAUGGCCCAAUUUCCCCGCUUCACGACAUUCCAUUGGUGGUCGAUUGCACAAAAAAAAUCUUCAAUAUGGUCGUAGAAGUACCGAGAUGGUCAAACGCCAAAAUGGAAAUAACGAUGAAGGAAAUCCUGAACCCCAUCAAGCAGGACAUAAAGAAAGGCAAGCCGAGAUUCGUGGCAAAUUGUUUCCCUCACCACGGGUACAUCUGGAACUACGGGGCCCUGCCUCAGACCUGGGAGAACCCCGAGCAUUUGGACGACGGUACCGGUUGCAAAGGCGACAACGAUCCAAUUGAUGUUAUCGAAAUCGGUUACCGAGUAGCCAAGCGAGGCGAAGUCCUCAAGGUGAAAAUAUUAGGAACGAUCGCAUUGAUCGAUGAAGGUGAAACCGACUGGAAAUUAAUAGCUAUCGAUGUAAACGAUCCGAUUGCUGAUCAAGUAAACGACAUAGGAGACGUCGACAGGCAUUUUCCCGGUUUGCUGAAGGCCUCCGUCGAAUGGUUCAAAAUUUACAAAAUACCCGAUGGCAAGCCCGAGAACAAAUUCGCCUUUAAUGGCGAGGCCAAGCCCGCUGCGUUUGCCCACAAAGUCAUAGACGAGGUGCAUAAAUUUUGGAAAGGGCUGGUAUCGAACGAAGUGGACGCUAAAGGGAUAUCACGCGUUAAUACAAGUUUGGAAGGAAAUGAUUUUAAGAUUACUUAUUGCGAAGCUAAAGACAUUGUGAAUAGAACGCCCGAAUUCGGACCGGCUCAACCGGUCGAUCCGAUUGUUGACAAAAUUUAUUUUCUUGACCAAUCGCGCCUUUGCAAGCUUUAA